CGUGAAGAUUAGCGCUAGAUGCUAGUCUCGCAAGCCACGCCCCUUCACUUGAAGAAGGGUCUGUGUGUGGAGUUGUCCCAUACGUACUCACUCUGCCACGCUAUAGUGGGCGUGGCAGAUUAGCUGCUCAGCCUAUCAGCAGACAGGCAAGCAAUUAGCCUUUGAUUGAAUACUAAUUAUUCACCCACGCCCCGCCCACGCAGUGUGUUAUUGCUGAAUGCAAUCAGAGGCUAACUGCUUGAGCUGAACUGCGCCUGUCGUGCCUCCUCUGGCCUAUCAGUAUGCUAAUCCAUGACGUCAUGUGGGUGUUGUUUUUAUGAUACGAGUGAGAUACAUGUAAAGGAACCACUCACCAUACACGGCUCUGUUCUCAGUAGGCACUGCAAACACUCUCAACCUCUCUGGGCCAAGCCAUUUGCGAAUGUGUUGCAUUUUGAAUAAUUCAAAGGGGUUGCAGAAGUGGAGGAUUGGUAAAGUAGGCGUUGUUCAACCCUCACACAGCUGAUGUAGAACACUGCUGUGCGAGGAUUUAUAAAGGCUCUGCCUUGACAGUCAACAAAUCCCUACAGACAGUAUUGGAUACAAUGGAGGGAGAUAUUAAACACUGCACACACUAACUUUAUUAAAUCUACUGGGAUGACUGAACACACUAUUAUAUAAUUCUAUAUAACUGCAUGUCAUGUAGAUCUAGACACACUUCUACUCCAUAUUCUCACAGUUGACUUUUGUAGGUUGUUAUUUUGCACAGUGUCCUUUAUGAAUCUUGCAUACAUAUCAGGUACAAUUCAAUAUUAGACUAGCUAGAGAUCUAUACAGGAACAAGAAUGUUUCCUCUAAAGAUACGAUUGUACUGGCUACUGGGAAGUGUGUCAUUUUUGUUUGUGCAGACUAUAACGGCUUGUCCAGACCUCCCUGUACCAACCAACGGAAGAAUUUCCUACAGUGACACCACCAUCCCGAGAGCUGUGGACUCCACGGCUUUCUACACCUGUCACCCUGGCUACCUGAUGACUGGACUGGCAGUGAGGAUGUGUACUGCUAGUGGAUGGAGCACUGGAGAUGACCCCGUCUGUAUUGCUAUCUGUCCUGAGCUGCCUACUCUGGCCAAUGGAAUGAUCAGCUACAGCCCAAAUAAUGUCAUGAUCAGGCGAGAUGGAGCUAUAGCAACACACAGCUGUGAUAGUGGCUACACACUGAGUGGAGAUCAGACCAGGACUUGUCAGGCUAAUAGAGACUGGAGUGGGUUAGAACCUGCUUGUAAUAGUGAGUACACUGUAAUCUCUGAAAAUUAACAACCAUGUUUGUUGUUAAGUUGGUGACUGUGGGCCUCUAACUAUUAAUAAUGGACAAGUCAGUACAACAGUUGGAACCACUUUUGAGAGCAUAGCUACCUACACUUGUAACCCGGGAUACAUUCAAAAUGGACCAUCCACCAGAACUUGUCAGGCAGAUAUGAUGUGGAGUAGAGCUGCACCAACUUGUGAUGUCCUGUGUCCUCGUGAGCCCCUCUCCAAUGGAAUGGUGACCUACUCCACUUCUAGAUCUGAUGGCCCUCCACCAGUUGGAGCAGUGGCCACUUACUCUUGUGACACUGGCUAUGAACUGAGUGGUGCUAGUACGAGGAAUUGUGUGGCUGUCAGUGGAUGGAGUCCAUCUCUACCUGUUUGCAAUCUUGUUGAUUGCAAUGGUCUCUCUAAUCCAACCAAUGGACAAGUCAGUACAUCCUCUGGAACCACCUUCAUGAUGACUGCUACCUACACAUGUAAUGAUGGAUACAUGCGUAUUGGUAGUGAGAACAUAACGUGUGGGAGUGAUAGAAACUGGACUCCAGAAGCUCCAACCUGCGAACCUGUUGACUGUGGUGUCCUCACUGACCCCUCCAAUGGAGCAAUAAACAUAUCCUCUGGAACCACCUUCAUGAUGACUGCUACCUACACCUGUAACACUGGAUACACUCUCAUUGGAGCAAACACUCGGACUUGUGGGAGUGAUGGACAGUGGACUCCAGAUGCUCCAACCUGUUUACAGCUCCUAGCUGUGAUCACCUCCAGUAGUGUUCCAAUGGCUGGUCAGAGUUUCUCCCUCACUUGUUCCCUGACUGGAGGGGCCUCUCUACAACCCACCCUCUCCUACCAGUGGACGAGGGACGGAGGGUCACUCAUGACCAGCACAGCAACCCUCAAUUUUGACACUCUCAACUUGUCAGACGCUGGUAUAUACAGCUGUCAGGUCAUCCUUACUUCCAGUCAGCUUGAAGGGGGACACACUGUAGCUGCUCACUACACCAUUAAGUUCAUGGCACUCAACAUUCAACUCCGUCUGGAUGGAAUAACAGACUGUGAGGUGUUCAUUGUGUCCGAGACAAUGGCCAAAGCCACUGACAUCACUAACAGACUAUCUCAAGGUAUUGAAGGAUUGUGUGCUUGUGGGUUCAGCCCCUCCCUUCUCACUGACGAGUUCAUCAAUUGUUUUGAUGGUUCCUCUAGUCAUGUGACCUACAGAGCUGUACUGACUGGAACAGAAACUGUAUCUGCUGUGGAACUAAUUUCUUUAAUUGAACGAUGGAUCAGCGACACUUCAAGCAUCAUAGUACAAAGUACCCGACUUGGUUUGACAAACACUUGCCCUGUGGUGAUCACUGACAGAGACAGUCCAGAGUGCCCUGAGGACAUCACUAAUCGAACAACUGCUACACCCACAGAGAGUGUAGUGGUCAAUGUUGGUGCAGUGGCUGGUGGGGUGGCUGGUGGAGUCUUGGCCAUUGCUGUGCUAGUUAUGAUUGUAAUAGUAGUUAUGUUGAGGCAACGGAGGUCUGGAUCCCAGGACAUGAGUGAUGAGAGGACAGGUAGCCAACCAACAGAACUACCCCCAGUGGUGACGAGUCAUCUCCCCUCCCAUGAUUUCGAGGAGUUGAGUGAACUGGAAGAGGAGGGUGCCUAUGAGGUGGUGGACCCCCCUCCUCCUGCACGAGGAAACUUCCAGCUCACUGCCUGUGCAGCUUAUGCACCCAUUAACUUCAACACAGAGAACAAAUAGAGACUAUAACAACACAGACUGUUAUGAAUAUCAUGUAGUUGUUAUUGCAAGUUAUGUA